CGCUGAGUCAUAAUCUGAUCUGCCACGCCCACCGAUGACUUCCGUGUUUACAAGUGGACAGAAAAGAACAGUCAUUUGGAUUCACUACCUUGAGGCACAAUAAACAUGAGAAAAGUGGAGAAAACUUUGCUGAGUGUGGAGCAGGGUGAAGGAGUUGGUGCCCGUGUUCGCAGAAGCAUCGGUCGAAAAGAGUUGCAGAACCUAGAUCCUUUUCUGAUGCUGGAUGAGUUUCGUGUCAGCAAGCCUGCAGGUUUUCCAGACCACCCUCACAGAGGAUUUGAAACGGUAACAUACGUGUUGGAAGGGGUCAUAGCACAUGAAGAUUUCUGUGGCCAUUCAGGGCGACUGCAACCUGGAGAUCUGCAAUGGAUGACUGCAGGACGGGGUGUGGUUCAUGCAGAAAUGCCCAUGUCUGAGGAACCCUUGGUGGGUUUGCAGCUGUGGGUGAAUCUAUCCAGGCAAAAUAAGAUGGUGGAACCAGCCUAUCAGGAGCUGCGGAGCUCUGAGAUCCCCAAACCGUCUCAGGGCGGAGUCACCGUGGCUGUGAUAUCUGGCGAAGCCCUCGGAGCAAAGUCCAAGGUCUACACCAGAACACCAACAAUGUAUUUGGAUUUUUUGCUGAAGACUGGAGCCCAGCAUGUACAGCCAGUCCCCUCAGGAUGGACUGCCUUCAUUUACACUCUAUCAGGAACCAUUCAUGUUGGUCCUGAUGAGGAGCAGCACAAGGUGGAGCCCCAUCACACGGUGGUUCUUGGAGAUGGGGACAGUGUUCGAUUUGAAAACAAGGGUUCCGACAUUUCCCGUUUUGUUCUGAUCGCUGGAGAACCUCUCAAUGAGCCCGUGGUGAAGCACGGUCCAUUUGUGAUGAACACGCAGGAAGAGAUCAAGCAGGCUAUCAGUGAUUACACAAAUGGUCAAAAUGGUUUUGAGCGGGCCUUAAAUUGGCGAUCGAAGAUCCGAGAUUCAUUUUGACCGCUAUGAUGUGCAAGUUAUAUUGUUUGCCGUUUCCAAAUAUUUAGAUUUUUAUUAGUAUUUUAUUCCACAAAAAAUGGACAUUAUAUAUUCCAAUCUAUUAUAUCAAAAACAGUCAAGUCAGUGGUUUUCAAACUUUUCUGAAAAUAUAUUUCCAAAAUAAAAUAUUUUCACAAUUAA